CGCUAUGGAAAAUCGAGACUAUUGUAGUGUUACCGCAGUCUGGUACAUGUGGAAAAAAGACAAUGGGAAGGAACAGACAUGCACAUUCAUGCAUAAUAACGUAACGCAAAUAACGCUUACAAAGAAGGCAUAUUUUAAUUUUCCGCCCACUAUGGUUAAAAUCACUGGAAAUAAACCAAGUAAAACAGGAGCAAUUUUGACCUUGACCUGUUCAACAGAUUCGUCUUACCCUGUAUCAUCGUUAGAGUGGAGAAAGGGCACAAAGACAGACAUCAACGAAAACGAUGUCAUUAACAAUAAUACUGCACCCGUUGUGAUGGACGCGGAGUACAAUGGCAAAAAUAUCUCGCAAAAUUUAGGUUUAGCAGUUACACGUGCUAUGAAUGGGCAACGUGUUUCCUGUUGCGCAGACGACGUUUGCGACUCGGUGAUACUGGCUAUAGAUACGACAUCUGCCGGUGUUACAGUGACAGCGUGGAUGACUUUGUUGGUUGCCUGUUUAAUAUUCAUCAGUCAGUUACAGAACUAGCGUGGUUUGCUGUAUGUGUAAACGUUGAACUGUAUUCAAAGUGUAUUUUUCCAUCCUAAAUUAGUUUUCUGUCUUCUCAAAACGUGUUGAUUAUUGUAUCAUACUAAACAGUUCAAUGAGUUUUAGACAGGAUAAUUAAACAACCGAGACCUUGUGAAGCACGGUAUAUAGUAAAUGAAUAUCCCAUUGUUGGAACAUAAGCCUGCUUUCUAGUGUACCGGUAUACUAUUAUUUACGGAAAUGAAAUGUGCACAUUCUCGGAUACAUUUUUAUUUCAUGCCUCCUUUUGCUAUUUUGCCUUUCAUCAAAUCACAUAUGUAUGUAAUAUUUACAUUACAGAUAUGCUAUACUCAUCUUUCACUUAAAUAUUCUAUUAUCAAAUAUUCAUUUAAAUAUCAAAACGUAUGUAAUUUGCAUAAGUAAUUUGCAUAAGUGUGUAUAUAAGCAAGCUGUGUCAUAGAUAACAUGCAUCUGUAAAACUACUGCUCAGUGUUUAUAGUGACAUAAAAUAUUCAUACUUUGUUUACUGACAUAUUUAUCAAUGCGUAGUAUUUUGCAUUUAAUAUAUUACUGUUUAUAUAGACAAACAUGUUUAUUUUAUAUUAACUCUAUGUUCAUAUUUCUGAAUAUUAAAUUUAGGCAUAAUAUAACUGCGUUAGCUUUCUUAUAUAUCGAAAUGAAUUUCACACUACGGACAUUUUCUUAAUAAUGAACUUUCAUAAUGCAUCGACUUUGAUUGUAAAAACGCGUUAUCGCCCUGGUUGUAUCAGCCAAGUUGUUAUAAUAUAUAAAACAUCACUGUCCAUAUUCUGUAAUACCAACACUAUGGAAAAAUUUCCGUUUUCAUUUUGUGUAUGGGUUAGGACUUU